AUGUCUGGAUUAAAUCUGGGUUUAGUUCGGGUAAUCCUAGGAUUAAUGUUGGAAACAGACAUUGAGGAAUCAAUGAGAUUUGAGUUGGAUUCAGGGUGCACCGAAUGCAUUUCAGAAGACAUCAAGACAAAUGCAAUGACUGUUGGCAAAUACACCAUUGUCAAUCCAAAUGUAGGUUACCCUUUGCCUGAUUCCCAUAAACUCACCGCCAGGGGGAUAGAUUUUGGUGAUAACAAGUUAAACUACUUGUUUUUGGGUAAUGAACACAAGCCUCCUGUAAGUAUUACAAUUGAUUUUGAUUGGAAAACUGGUGUUGCUGCUAAGGAUUUGCCCAAGGUUGCCAAGAAAGGACAGGUUGAAGCAAGUGGAUUUACCACAUCCCUUUUCAUACUGUUUGUUUCGUGGUUAUUACUUUGAUUUUUUAUUUAUGAACAUUAUUGACUUACAUUUAUGUGUUUAUGAUAGACAAUGGAACUUUAGUUAAACAACUGUAUGUCACUGUCACAUCCAUUCGUGAAGAGAUGUUUUAUCUUCGUGAGAGGUAUGUUCGAUUUCGAGCACCAAUAGGUUUUUUACAUUUUUUUUGUCUUUCUUUUUGCAAUCUGUGUUUUUUUUUUUCUUUUUGUGUCAGAGAGGAAGAAAUGCUACAGCGUAAUAGA